GUCCCGGGGCGCAUGCGUGCAGCGCUGGACGGCGGGGUACCUGGGAGUCUUCCGCGGUUCCGGAGAGUGGGCUAUGGCAGCCACAAGUACCCCUCCAAGCGUCUGUCUGAGAGAAGCCACCCAGCGAAGGUUGCAGAGGUUUUCAGAGCUGAGAGGCAAACCUGUGGCAGCUGGAGAAUUCUGGGAUAUUGUUGCAAUAACAGCAGCUGAUGAAAAACAGGAACUUGCGUAUAAGCAACAACUGUCAGAUAAGCUGAAAAAAAAGGAGUUACCCCUUGGUGUUCAAUAUCAUGUUUUUGUUGAUCCUACUGGAGCCAAAAUUGGAAAUGGAGGAUCAACACUUUGUGCCCUUCGACAUUUGGAAAAGCUAUAUGGAGAUGAAUGGAAUUCUUUUACCAUCCUCUUAAUUCACUCUGGUGGCUACAGUCAACGCCUUCCAAAUGCAAGUGCCCUGGGGAAAAUUUUUACUGCUUUACCUCUUGGUAGCCCCAUUUAUCAGAUGCUGGAAUUAAAACUAGCCAUGUACAUUGAUUUCCCCUCCCAUAUGAAUCCUGGGAUUCUGGUUACCUGUGCGGAUGACAUUGAACUUUAUAGUACUGGAGAAUCUGAGUUUAUUAGGUUUGACAAACCUGGCUUUACUGCUUUAGCUCAUCCUUCUAGUUUGACUGUUGGUACCACACAUGGAGUGUUUGUCCUAGAACCUUUCGAUUAUUUAGGAUAUAGAGACCUAGAAUACAGAUGUUGCCAUCGUUUCCUUCAUAAGCCCAGCAUAGAAAAGAUGUAUGAAUUUGGUGCUGUAUGUAGACCUGGAAGUUUUUUGCAACAAGACCUUGCUGGGGGUGACACUCCCUCGCUUAAGUUGGACCCUGGGUAUGUCUACACAGACAGCCUAUUUUACAUGGAUCAUAAAUCAGCGAGAAAGUUGCUUACUUUUUAUGAAAAAAUAGGUACACUGAACUGUGAAAUAGAUGCCUAUGGAGAUUUUCUGCAGGCUUUGGGACCUGGAGCAACUGUGGAAUAUACCAGAAACACAUCAAAUGUCACUAAAGAAGAGUCAGAGUUGGUAGACAUGAGGCAGAGAAUAUUUCAUCUUCUUAAAGGAACAGCGCUAAAUGUUGUUGUUCUUAAUAACUCCAAAUUUUAUCAUAUCGGAACAACUGAAGAAUAUUUGUUUCAUUUUACUUCAGAUGGCAGUUUGAAGUCAGAGCUUGGCUUACAGUCCAUAGCCUUUAGCAUCUUUCCAGCAAUACCAGAAUGCUCUAAUAACAAAUCCUGUAUCAUUCAAAGUAUACUGGAUUCAAGAUGUUCUGUGGCAUCUGGCUCAGUUGUGGAGUACUCCAGGUUGGGGCCUGAUGUUUCAGUUGGGGAAAAUUGCAUUAUUAGUGGUUCUUAUAUCAUAACAACAGCUGCCCUGCCUGCAUAUUCUUUUGUGUGUUCCUUAAGCUUGAAGAUGAAUGGACACUUAAAGUAUUCAACUAUGGCAUAUGGAGUGCAAGACAACUUGAAAAAGAACGUUAAAACCUUGUCAGAUAUAAAGUUACUUCAAUUCUUUGGAGUCUGUUUCCUGUCAUGUUUAGACACCUGGAAUCUGAAAGUUACAGAGGAACUGUUCUCUGGAAACAAGACAUGUUUGAGUUUGUGGAACGCUCGUAUUUUCCCAGUCUGUUCGUCUUUGAGUGAUUCAGUUACAACAUCCCUAAAGAUGUUAAAUGCUGUACAGAACAAGUUAACAUUCAGCCUGAGUAGCUAUAAGCUGAUGUCCAUUGAAGAAAUGCUUGCCUACAAAGAUGUGGAAGACAUGAUCACUUACAGGGAGAAAAUUUUUCUAGAAAUUACCUUGAAUAAGAAACAGUCUGAUUUGGACAUAUCUUAAAUAUUGUAUAUUUUGCCUUUCUUGAUUCAGCAAGAUUACAGAUACAGGAGAUUUCUGUGGACUUUUUGUUAGUUGAAAUGAAUUAAUGAAAAUUAUAUUAACAUGAUUGCUGUAACAUAACUUAAUAACAGAAAAAUACAAAUAAACCAUUUUUGAUGAAAUAAUAUUUUAAGGCUGUAAAUUCAAAAAAAGUAAUUUUUUUGAUGUUUAUCACUAAGUUUUGUUUUAAUAAAGACAGAUUUGUGGAGCAUUAUUUUGUUUACAAAAUACUAUAGUAGUUGUAAAGGUAAUUUUCUAAAUAUAUCUUUAGAAUUUUUUCAUUUUUGUGGGGGGCUUUGGUUCCAGUAAAGUUCUAAGUGUUCGUUGGCAGUUCUUUCCUCAAACGCAGUGGUCCUAUUCUGAUGAACUAAUAAAAAUGUCAUAGUAAGGGGUCUUUAGAGCACUGUAGGAAUACUGUAGAAGUACCUUUUCAGAAUAAAUCCAUGGCUGACAAAGAUUAAAUUCAAUACUUAAAAUAUUGUGAUAAUCUUAAUUGAUAAAUAACUACAAACAGUUCUGAAAUUGAUGAUAAAAAUCUGUCUCAUGUAUUGAUCUUAUCAGGAUAAACAAAAAGGAUAUAGUGUUAUUUUAUCCUCAUAAACUUGAACACAUGUUUGUGUAUCUUAAAAUGUUUCCCUGAAGUUCCAUCCAUAGGAAAGCAUAUACACACAUAAAACUCAAGUAUCUGCAUGGGGAAGAUGUUGGAAUAAUUGAAAUUCACUGAUAAUCACAUAAGUUCAUUUUGGACAUUAUAUUUAUCCUCCCUUAUUAAUCCCUUUAACAGAAGCUUUAAAAUUACCAGAUAGACUGAUUUUACAUUUUGUCUUUUAUUUUCUGUCUACACACUGGUGAUGAAGCUGAGAAGCAAUAAAUGGCCAGAAGGUAGACAGCAGGAAGGAGCCAGAAAAAUAGAAUGACUGAGAAAAUAUACAGAUGACAAACAGCUUCAGGAAAAUAAAAGUUGGCUAGAAUCCCGUUUUGUGUUCCUAUUUUGAUAUAGACACGUACGUGAAAUGUCUUCAUGUUGAAGUCUAGUACUAAUUUAAGAAAAGAUUUGUCAGAGUUUUUUGUUUUAACAUGAAUAAAUUGAAAUAGGAACUGGUCUGUACCACUUUCAUUUAUAUGUCAAUAUGAAAUUAACAUGUCAAUAUGAAAAUAAUUGGCAAACUAGAAGUGAUUUGUCUGCAACCCUUAAUUAUGAUUUUAUGUGUUUGUCUCCCCCCAAGUUUCUUCCUAAGGAGAAAAUAAAGAUAUGUGAUAGCCAUUGUUUAGCACUUACUGACUUACUCACAGAGAUUUCAGUACAUGUUUUGUGUUCAUCAUUCAUUAAAAGUUCAAUACUGUAUUUCUAAUUUAAUUUUCUGAGGUGCCAUCAAUUAUUAUGAAUCCACCAUUAUUUUCUGUUCCACAAAAAAAGAGAAAACACUACGAAUAAAAUAAGAUGCAAUA